GGAAAAAAGGAAAGGAAAUUCCACCUGCCUGACAUGACAUCUGUGCAUUUUUGAUACCUGGCUGGCUACAAGCAAACAGGCAGGCAAACAUCCCCCAAACGGAGAAAUUGUACGCUCCAAUUUCAAUAUUCCGCGUCCUGGACCUGGAUUGACUCUGCUUCUAGACGAGUCCUUCAAGAUCCUCCUAGCCAGUAGCCACCUCUUCUUCUCCACGAACUCCUCUCAUUCGAUUCCCAACACACUGCCUGCCUGCCUGCCUCUUCUUUGGAUUCAUCCCUCUAGACUUUACAGUUACCUUGUAGCGACGGGGGAUUACUUUGCUCGAUUCUUUCCUUGCGGCGGCAUGGAACGCCGUAUGCUUCCGCGGCGCCGAAGAUUCGGGCUUUAAGAGUUUACUUGGACAUUGCGUGAUUGGGGGAGGGCAGUAUGGAGGUCUGGAGCUUUAGAGUGGCGUUUUGGGCCGUGCUGUUCUUCUUCCUCUUGUCUGAGAGGCGUGGGUCCUGUGCUUCCGUGAAUGGAGAAGGUAGAGUUGCUGUCAGAUUCAUAGAGGACUCAACAGGAUCUUUACAGAGUUUGGGAGAGAAGAAGGUCUUUGCUCACUGUUCUUGGUGUUCGGAUCACGGCAGAGCGGUGGCCUUAACUACACGGAGUACCACCAUGAGGAAGCUCUUACGGGCACCAUCGCCGUCACAACCAAAAACAAAGAAGGCACAACCCGAAACUAAGAAGCCUUCUUCGGUACCUCAUUGGGCUGUCUAUGUAUUGUGCGCCAGUGGAGUGCUCGGCCUCGUGGUUAUAGCUGCAACCGUGUAUCUACUCCUCUCCCGUAGAAAGAAAGACCACACUGUCAUACCGUGGGCGACCGGGCUGAGUGGACAGCUAAGGAAAGCCUUUGUUACAGGUGUUCCUUCUUUAGGAAGGACUGAACUUGAGGCGGCAUGUGAGGAUUUCAGUAAUGUGAUUGGAACUGUAUCUGACUGUGCAUUGUAUAAGGGAACGCUGUCAAGUGGAGUUGAAAUAGCUGUUGCAUGCAGUCCAGUCAAGUGUGCAGAAGAAUGGUCAGAGCGGUCCGAGCAGCAGUUUAGGAACAAGAUCUCUGUGCUGUCCAAAGUGAACCACAAGAACUUCAUGAACCUACUUGGUUACUGCGCAUGUGACGAGCCAUUCACCAGGAUGAUGGUGUUUGAGUAUGCUCCAUGUGGUUCCCUCUUUGAGCAUUUGCACAUUAGAGAAGCAGAACAUUUGGAUUGGCCUACACGGCUACGCAUCGUCAUGGGAGUAACAUACUGCCUAGAGUACAUGAACCAACUAGACCCUCCUGUAACCCCAAGAACCCUGAGCUCCUCAUCCAUCUACCUGACUGAAGACUAUGCAGCCAAGAUAUCUGACACCGAAUUCUGGAAGGAUGGGAAAGAAGCAGCAUCGAUGCAAAACAUGGAACAAGAAAGCAUCGUUUACAAGUUUGGGAUACUGCUGCUUGAGGUGAUCUCUGGGAGGGUACCGUUCUCUGAAGACCAUGGCCUUCUUGUCCUCUGGGCUUCAAGCUAUCUGGAUGGCAAGAGGCCGCUCAUUGCAAUGGCUGACCCAACGCUCAACGCGUCAUCGUCUGUGCCCGAUGAAGACGUAGCAGCACUCUGUGAUAUCGUUAGACUCUGCAUAAACCAUGAGACGGAGAAGAGACCAACCAUUGGCGAGGUUGCAAGGCUGAUGAAAGGCGUCAUCAGAUUGUCGCCGGAGCAGACGAUCCCGAGGAAUAAUCCUUUGUGGUGGGCUGAGCUUGAGAUUGUGUCGGUGGAAUCCAGCUGAACAGAUCCACAUCAAAAGGCAGGGUAACUAGACUAGUUUUUAUAUUUUAGUUUCUUCUGCAUUCCUUUUUCUUUUUGUAGAUACAAUAUACCCGCCUCUUUGCCACUUUUUUUUUUGUAUCCGUUGCCUGUGAGUCUGCAAAGUUGUAAAAGUUGGGAGAAAGAAAAGAGUAAUUAUCAUUGUGACAA